UGAGCGGCUAGCUGUCAAAAACAUGGACGGUGUUCGGGGCGAGCGGCAGGUGUGGUAUAUACAGUAGCUCUAUACCUGUGAGUGAGACGUAUGGAGGAAUUAUAUAUACACGCGGCAUCGGGCUGUCAGUAACACAGCUCUACAACUGUGAAAUCAACAAAGGUGUUUGAUCGGAGUUCGUGACAAGUGCAUGACCCAGUGGCAAAGUGUUGUGACAAGAUUUACACCUGUUCGCCUCGACUGUCUAUAUACGGUUUGAAUGUCCACCUGGUAUCCCUGAGGAACAUUGACGUGUGUGUGAUGUUGGCACAAAGUGGUGGACAUACAGCCUGGUAAUAAAACGGACUGGUAUAGAGCAUUAAACACAGAAACCUGUUGGAGGUAGUUUAUCUGACAACAAGAAUUAGCAAGCAGCGGCAAUGAAGGAGAUCACUUACGGAUGGUACCCAUCGGCCAAAGACGUUUACCGAAAUGCCGCCCGAUAUCACAACAGCCCUUAUGAACUGGAAUGCAUGUUCCGGUUUCAGAAUUCCAAGUACCACAGCGGACAGGUAACCCCUCCUAAACCGACUAUAUCGCUAGGAUUAAAGGAUCCACCUGGGCCAGAUGUCAGGUAUACACCCGCGCCCCCUAGGGGAUCACAGAGUGCAGCCCGACAACGGGGACAGGUCGACUUGGAGCAAGGGUCCCCAUUCUUGGUCAUUAAACCAGCGCCCAGAGUCAAGUCCAGCCCUAUCCCGACUCCAAAAGAGGUCUGGGAUAAGCCGACGAAAACAGAGGCUACUCCGAUCACAGUUAGCCCGGAGAAAAUCCACCAGCCCCAGGGGGUGAAGUACCCAAAAUUCUUCUGGCCGCCUCCCAGGUACGAUUCAACAGAAGAGCUCAGGCAGUGCUUGCUGACCCCCGAAGGGCCUCGGACUCAACCGGUCCCCCACCGGGUCAAUUUUAGGAGCCCUCUUGUCUCCAGGGAAGAGCUUAAACGGCGACCCAACCGCAUCAAGAGUGCCCCGCCCACUCACAUACAGCCCACCGCUCGGGCCCCGACACCUUGGGCACCCCGACAAAGACCCGUUCAGUCUGCACGACCUCGUCGGUCCAUGCCAAGAGUACAGUUUCCUGAUUCUGAGCGCCCACAAACCUCACCCGCGGUCAAGACAACGUCUUUAACUCCCGUUCCCAAACGGGAGACUCAUUCCGCCGAGCCUGGGGUCACUUGCACGGAGAGUGCGCAGAGUCGACCUCAGAACCCGACCCCUAACAUCGCUGAUCUCUCCCUGGAGGACCCUGGGGACGAUAGUGACUCCGAGGAUGAGGCGGAUACCUCUAAAGACGAGUAUGACGAGGCCCUGGAGAAAUACGGUUGGCGAGCUGAAAUACACGGAGAUCCGUACGGCCUCAAGAGAACUAGUAAGCGUCUAACCUAUACGGUUACGUGCGAUGAGCCCGUCAUCCCACCAGAGCCCCCUGGCGGUCACAUGGAGAAUUGGCAGACAUUUUUCCUGAACACCAUACCGUCUCGGCCGGCCACUUACACCAUUCACAAAGAAUGGAUGUCAGAAGUCAUCCACGCAAAGCGAAUGCAACUUCAAAAGAAACAGGGUGUAAACUUUAAUUUUAAGAAAUACGCCUUCGCUUACUAGGAGUGCGUAGAAUGCGAUGCAUUUCUUCUGAGAAAAACAAAUUUAUGUACAGACUACAAAUUAUUAUUCCCAUAAGGAAUAUUUCGGUUUUGAUAGCUUUAUCGUCAUAAAGUUGAGCAUACUGCGUAUUUAGUCCACAUAAUAUCUUCUUACGGUACCUAUUGACUGUUAGUCAAACGAAAGGCUAUUUGGCAAUUUUGUUCUUUUCUCUAUCAGAACAAAGUAAGAGUUCUAUGUAUGUUGCUUCGGUUUUCUCCCGACGCUUCAGUUGUUUUGCUCUGAUAAAAUCCCUGGAAGGAUAUGAAAAUCUAGAUGAAAACACCCGAAGGAUAUGGAAAUCUAGAUGAAAACACCCGAAGGAUAUGAAAAUCUAGAAGAAAACACUGGAAGGAUAUGGAAAUCUACAUGGAUGCACUGGAAGGAUAUUUUAAAUCUAGAUUAAAACAAUGAAAUGAUAUGAAAUCUAAACGAAAACACCCGAAGGAUAUGGAAAUCUAGAUGAAAACACCCGAAGGAUAUGGAAAUCUAGAAGAAAAUACUGGAAGGAUAUGGAAAUCUAGACGAAAACACCCGAAGGAUAUGGAAAUCUACAUGGAUGCACUGGAAAGAUAUGGAAAUCUAGAAGAAAACACUGAAAGGAUAUUUCAAAUCUAGAUUAAAACAAUGGAAUGAUAUGAAAUCUAAACGAAAACACUGGAAGGAUAUGGAAAUCUUGACGAAGAUACUGGAAGGAUAUGGAAACCUAGAUGAAAAUACCGGAAGGAUAUGGAAAUCUAGAAGAAGACAUGGGAAGGAUAUGGAAAUCUAGACGAAAACACUGAAAAGAUAUGGAAAAUUAGAGGAAAACACUAGAAGGAUAUGGAAUUUUUUACCAGUGUAACUGGAAGAUUUGAAGAUCUUUAUUCACGCCCUUGUAAAUCUUACAUCUCUUGUAGCCAACUGGCUGCAUUGGCCUAUGUAUCCGAUGUUCAUUUCCUCGAAUGUUCACGUAUUACAACACGACGUGUUAUAAUAAGACGUACUAAGGAAACAUACUCCUUGCAGCGCAUGAUCCACUCUCUACGCUCGCUUUACAUGACUGCCACCACUAGACAAGCAGACCUUUGGAGCUUGUGAGACCCACAUAGGCUUGUUUAAGCUUAGCCGCACCUCUUGCGUCCUCUCGCGGGUCUAUUUAAUCAGCAUUCGUCAACAGAAUUGUUGACGGCUUUGGUUAAAAUUGUGUUGUACAUUAGAUAAAGAAAGUGCAUGUGUGUAAAGCAUUGGUAGGAACAAAAGUAGAGACAGAGUUGUUGUGUUUUAUGACAUCACUUCCUGCCUGAUCACCGUGACUCAGUGACCUCAGCGUUGUUCAAGAUUUCUUUAUAAAGUAAGGAAUACGCGAGGUAAGGCCGACUAUUAACCUGAAAAUCAUGGCUUCAAUUUCUCCGUCACAUGUCACCUCACGAUCCAGUGUCCAUUACGGCUAGCCAGACUACAGUCAAAAAACAGCAUUAGUAUUUACGGUUUUAGUAUUUACUUUUCAUAAUCAAUUAACGAACAUUUCAGCACUGAAUAACUCGUUUUGUGAACAGAGAGUUGUUUCCCUUGGCUAAUAGCCCAUAUGGAAAUGGAUAGUUGGUUUUGAAACUGAAAUUGAAUCAUAAACGUUAAUUGUUUUUAUUAUUACCUGUAUAUUGUUUUAUUGCCCAUGUAACUGGUUAAGUCUUUAGGGUAGGAUAUUAGGGUAGGAGAAAUAUUUUAAAGGCAAUGACAAAAUAGGCCUUGUUUAAAGUCGAAUUCCCUUGAUAUUUUUUUCCCAUACCGAAGUGGUGCCUAACUGGUCUAAGGACAUACGCUAAGAAGACCCAAAUAUGCUACAUUUUCGUACGGCUGAAAUAUUGAUCAUUUCUUAGCUGUAAUAUGGUGACCUUUCUAAGCUCCUAUCCAUGUAUUUAACUGUAUGAUUUACUAAGUGUGACUUUUGUUAAUUUGUGCCUUAUAAGAUAUUAUACUAUUCUGUCUUCGAAUGUCAUUGGAACUUUAUGGAACCUAAAUGUUGCGGUCAGCAGAAAGAGAGCUAAAAACUGUAGCUGAAAAUGCCUACCCUAAUUCUUCUAAUUUUUGGAACAGAUAUUUGUAGUGAUGAAAGUAGAAUAUUACAUUUCUUUACCAGUCUUUUGGAAAAAUUAUAGAUAUGAGUACGUUGUUCAUUAGAUUGUCCAAUGAGGUGAGAAAAAAGAAACUCAAUAUUCCUGCUACAUUUACAUAUACAUGUAUAUUGGCUAAAAUGAGUAGACCAGGUGUCUAAAAAAAUAAAGAAAAAUAGGGAAUACUUAUUUUAUCUUAGAUUUUUGCCACUGUAUUGAAUGUCAUUUUGAUAUGGGGUGUAGCAAUAACUUUUUCUAGAUUUAUUUAUUCAGGUUUAAAUAAGCUUCUUGUAAAGUUCACUCAUGUAAUGUGUGACUUUGCAUGUCACAAUCAAAUCUUCACAAUCAAUACAAGUACCUAGUUUCGGGUCAGAGAAAAGAGGGAAUAAACUCAAGGGAGGCAUACAGUAUUAGUAUGGCCCUCCGAGUCUCUAUCUUACACCCCAAACAUUUACUUCAGUUAACAAAAGGUAAAAAUUAAAAAAUAUGAAUGAACUUAUUUUGGAUAGUGUUCUAACGGUCUUUCUUUUGAUGCUCACUUCAUUUUUAUGUUUUGUCUUGUUUUAACUCUACAGUGUUACUUGCAACACGCUGUAUCUGUAGACUGUCCAUGUGCAUAGUAGGCAAUCGUUUAAGGAUAAAAACGAAAGUGAAACCGAAACACUUCGAAGACCUCAGCAGAGAUAGUUCCGAAAAUUUGAUUAUCUAACCUGAGUUAGUAGCUCAGAAAAGUUCAUUAGAAAAUAGUUGUCUUAACGUAUUAGUUUUAAUGAAAUAUAUAUUAAGAAAUCAUUAUAGCGCUACUUCCAUGACAAUACAUAAGCCUAUAUUCACUUGGUGUAAUUAAUGCCUAAAUGGAUAUUUAUUUAAAAAAUCCUUUAUUUUCCAGCGAAUGUUAUACAUAUAUCAGGUUAACAUAUAUUUUAAUCUGUAUUAAUAUAUAAAAAUAUUAACCAUUAUGUGUGCUAAGAUGAUUUGCUAUCAUUUUAAUCUCUCGGAUUUCGAGAUUUCGUGUAAACAGGGCGCUAUAUGACCAAGCUACUGUAAAUAUUGACUCGUUUGUUAUGUUCGUCUGAAUGUGCUAUACCAUAAUUUAAGAAUUGUCAUCAAAUGUUAUAAUAAAACCCUGACAAAC